UAAAAAAAUCCUCCAAUUCGCACACGCGCAGCGCCUCUCGUCUCGUCUCGUCUCGUCUCAAUAUGGAGCCCAACGACAAUCAGCUCGCAUCGUUCUACCACCACCAGUCCCCCACCACCGCCGCUCCGACCGCCGCCCAGUCGCCGAACAACGGCCUCUUCCCACCCGUCUCGGCCUCCUCCGACGGGGGAGCCCCGGUGUUGUACCCCCACUCGGUGCCCUCGGCCGCCGCGUCGCCGCCGCUGGGCCCGGCGAAGAGGAAGCGGGGGAGGCCGAGGAAGUACGGGACGCCGGAGCAGGCGCUGGCCGCGAAGAAGGCGGCGGGAUCCUCCUCCUCGUACAAGGAGAGGAAGGAGCGCGGGGGAUUGGUUAGCUCUUCCCCUUCGCCGAGCCCGUACUCCGGCUCUUCGAAGAAGUCGCAGUUGCUUGGUCUCGGAGGAAAUGCUGGACAAGGGUUUAUUCCACAUGUUAUUACUGUAGCUGCUGGCGAAGAUGUUGCCCAGAAAAUUAUGCUUUUCAUGCAGCAAAGUAAGCGCGAGAUCUGUAUCCUGUCAGCAUCUGGUGCAAUAGCUAAUGCAUCUCUUCGCCAACCUGCCACAUCAGGAGGCAAUAUUACGUAUGAGGGACGGUUUGAGAUUAUUACACUCUCUGGAUCCUAUGUGCUCACUGAUCUUGGAGGUAGGACUGGUGGGUUGAGUGUGUGUUUAUCCAGUACCGAUGGUCAGAUUAUUGGCGGAGGAGUUGGCGGACCCUUGUUAGCUGCAGGCCCAGUGCAGGUUAUCAUUGGUUCAUUUCUGGUCGAUGCAAAGAACAACACCAUGAAAGGCAAUGCUUCUGGUAAGUUGCCAUCACCUUUGCGUGGCCCAUCACCUUUGAGUGGGUUUCGCUCUGGGGUUGAAUCUUCAGUUGCGAGUCAUUUCAUGGUACAGCCUGGGGCCAAUAUCUGACAGAUUGACAACCUGUGGGAUUUUCUCGAGAACUUAGAACAGUGCACAUAUUGAUUUUCUCUGGAUAAGGCGUCACUUUGGGAGCUUGAUGAGCACUAUACUGUGUUGGGUAUAUCUAGGCGAUAGGUUCUUUUUGAACGAGGUACUGAAAUAGUAGGCUGUACGUAUCUAUCCUAUCUGGCAUAUAAUUUCUACUUAAUCUGUACAGAUCCCAACCCUGCAUCACUAUUUACGUAGGCGAAGCUAAUGCUGCUUUAAGUUUGACACUUUUAAGGUGAUUGUACGGUCAGCUGCCUUCUUUGUGCAUAUUAUCGAAGAAUCCUCUUAUACUGUCACUUGCUUGUGCAUAAUAUUGAAUCCUCCUCUUAUAACCUUGCUUUUAUUGCCUUCCGUUCUUUUGCGUCAU